GAAUUGCAACUCUCUUGCUCUGUCAAGACCCUCAAACGCCGCUGCAAAGAAGCUGGAUACUACUCUUGUAUCUGCUGCCAAAAGCCCUACCUCACUAAGACCCAAGCCAAUGCGCGGUGGCUGUGGGGGAUAGCACACAUGUUUUGGACUAUUUGGGAAUGGAGUCAGAUACUGUACUCAGAUGAGGUCACAUUUCAAGUUGGAGGGAAGAAAUGCAAGCAGAGGUGUAUUAGGAAUAAGAAGGAACGCUGUUAUCCUGACUGCAUUCAAUUCCAAAUGCAUAGAGGUGGCACUAUUCCUGUACACUUCUUUGGUGCUGUAGGCUACGGAUACAAAAGUCCAUUGAUCAACAUUCAUGGAACUGGGAAGAGUGGGGCAUUUACACAAACUGAUUACCUUGCUCAAGUACUCAAGCCUUAUAUUCAGGAUUUUUUAGCUGCUUUUGCGGCUGUUUUGGGGCCUGGGAAGACCCCUCAGUUCAUGGAAGACGGCAACUCUGCUCACGGCCACAAGACUACUAGCAAUAUUUGUGCUACUUGGCGUACUUCUAUGGGUAUUACUCUAUUCCCCCAUCCUGCAGUUAGCCCUGAUAUGAAUCCUAUUGAGAAGUGCUGGAGGAGAAUAAAACAAGCUCUCCAUAGGCGCCUAAGGCAGCCAACAACUGAGGUUCAAAUGGUUGUAGCAGUAUUAGAAGAAUGGGACAAAAUUCCUCAGGAAUGGAUCAAUGGGCUUAUU